GGCCAGAGAACGGCGGCAGGCCGGCUGCGACGUUCCGCGUCUGAUGCACGAACUGGACCGCGAUCCAGAGAGGAGGGACUGGACCAAGCUUCCACCGGACCUUGCCGCAUACAUCGCCGGCCGGCUGCUCGGCAUCGACUUGACGGAGUACAUCCGAUUCCGCUCGGUGUGCAAGCCGUGGCGGCAGUCGACGGAGGACCCGCGCGGCCUGCACAGCCGCUUCAUCCCCCGCAACUGGGUCGUGCUCAUUAACUACCUAGAUUGUUUUCGCCGUAACUACGGCGACCGCAAGUACCGGCUGCUCAACGUCGCCACGGGCGCCUCCCUCACCCACGCUGAAUUCCCGGAGCUCUCCGGUCACCACGCGGUGGCCUACGCCGAGGGCCUACUUGUCCUGUGGAGCAAGACUACCUCCGCCAUCCGCCUCCUCAACCCGCUCACGCACGCGGUCGCCGACCUCCCGGCCCCGGACUUCUCCAUCUUGGGCGAGGCGGCGUCCACGGCCGUGCUGGACAGCGACUACCGCUUCAGGGGUUUCGGCGUGAUCAAUGGUGGUGCCGGCGCGGCGGGGGCCUCCGCGCCCACCAUGGUAAUUUUCAUGGAUGGAGUGAUCCCGAUGAUCGCCUGCAUCCGGCCCGGGGAGCCGCGCUGGGCUCUCGUCGACACGAGCGAGCUCGACGGCUGCACGGCCAACGUCUCUUUCAGCUCCGCGCUCUCUAUCCGCGGGCGCUUCUACAUUACGACGUCCACCGGGGACGUGCUUGCCGUGGAGCUCCACCCGGAGCCCCGGCUGGUGUACGUUAUCAAGCAGACAACAACAGCCGCCACGAGGCCCACGACGACCACCGCGCCUCCGGCCAUGAGGCCCUUCUUUGAGUUCUUUCUUGCCCCAUCUAGCAACGAAGACCACGCCGGGAUGCUCAUGGUGCGCGCCAGCAGAGACCGUCGACAAGUCGAGGUGUUCGAGGUGGACGUCGACGCGGGAAAGCUCGUUCCAACCAGCACCGUGGGCACUGACCGGGCGGUGUUCAUCGGUUCAGCUCGGGCGCUGUCCAUCUCCACCAGGCUGUUUCCUUCGAUCGCUGCCAAUGCUGUUUACUUCUGCAUUGGAAAUAGGUCGACGGAGCUUCUGUUUUACAUUGUCCACCUCGAUAAUGGACGGGGUGAGCCGGCGCACGUCCCGUACUCCGACCAGGGGCAGGCGGUAGGGCCUUUCGUAGACCCAUGCAACCUCGACGUCUAUCUGGCUUUCUGCGUAGAUGCUGUGCAGGUCCUAGCAAUGUAAACUGUGUCGUAUAGGAUGAACACCAUUAAGCUAUCGUCGUUACACUUAGCUGUAGCAUUUGUAAUCAAUUCUCGUAUGGACGAAGAGGGUAUCACAGUUCACAAGCAACAGAUCGACGAACGAUGAUUUCUUACAAGUUUCA